CAUCAAAGCCGUGCAUGCGAAAAGCGCGCGGCGAAGGAAAAGGAGGCGGUAAAAAAAGCAACUUCACGCGAGGGAGCCGCGACCGCGAGCGCCUCCGCAUUUCGAACCAAAGGGGGCAGAACUGAGAGAUCGAGAGAAAUAAUAAAAAAAAAUCCGUCUUCUUGUGGUCUUCUCCAAACCCUAGCGCCCCCGGCCCCGGUCUCCGCCCCCCCGCCUUCGCCGUCGCGGUCGCGCCCCAUGGCGGGGAAGUCGCGACCGCCCAAGCGGAUCCUCGAGUCCUAUACCAUCAAGGGUUCGGACAGAGUCAUCAAGCCUGGCGAUUGCGUGCUAAUGAGGGCAUCUGAUGCUUCAAAGCCACCUUAUGUGGCAAGAGUUGAGGCAAUUGAAGCAGCAGGAUCUCGAGGCACCAAUGUGAGAGUACGAGUGCGGUGGUAUUAUCGACCAGAGGAGUCCAUAGGUGGUCGGCGGCCAUUUCAUGGUUCCAAGGAGGUUUUCCUCUCUGACCACUAUGAUGUACAAAGUGCUGACACCAUUGAGGGGAAAUGCAAUGUCCACAGCUUCCGUAGCUAUACAAAGCUUGAUUCUGUCAAUGCUGAGGAUUUCUUCUGCCGCUUCGAGUAUAAAUCAGCUACUGGCAGCUUUGUACCAGAUCGUAUAGCAGUGUUUUGCAAGUGCGAGAUGCCAUACAAUCCAGAUGACCUUAUGAUCCAAUGCGAGGAAUGUUCUGACUGGUUUCACCCUGCUUGCAUUGGGAUGACAAUCAAAGAAGCAAAGAAACUCGAGCAUUUUUUCUGCCAGACCUGUACAGCUGAAAAUGGUAAGAUGGUUGAGAAUUCACAUGAAGCUACAGCGCAAUCAGAAGAAAAGUAUAACUUUAACUGAUCUCUUCAGCCGGUGGAGUCAAAAAGGCGGCGAAGGUGAUGGCCGUGCUGAUUAAAUUUAUGAAAUCUAUGCUCGGUUGUACAAAGCCUUCCCACGUUUCACGUUUGAGAACUGUAAUUUUAUUGUUCGUCGCAGUUUGUGGUCCUGGGCUGGGGUCCCUCUAAUGUCAGGCACACUGUAUAUAGCUUGUAACCUGGUCAGAUUGUUGUAUUAGAGCACACUAGGGUUUGUGUGAUAGCACGGAAGUUCGGACUACUGAGUAUGUGUAGAGUAUGGCAUUAUAAUGCCAGCAUCAGGUGAUCAGGCUUCUUCUGGGCAUUAGGACUCCUGCAUGAUCCAGCAAUAAUACUUCCAUGCAGCUGGACCUGGUUAGUCACUAGUAAGUUGUCAGGAAACUUAGUACUGCCAUGUGAACUUUUUUUGAAACCCUCUAUGUAAUGUAAGCAUCUGUGUCCUACUUGCAAACUGUUGCACGAAAUUGGGCACCCACCCUGGCCCAUUGGCUGCGGUUGCAUAAUUGCGGCAACUAACUUGUGUUUUAAGUUUGGAGGAACAAUAAUAAAGUUUAGGCUCAUUGAA